AUGAUAGCUGGUCACACAAAGUUUGAUCCAGACUGGCAUUUCGGUGUGUGGAAGCUGCGCUGGAGAUCAAGUGAUGUGGAAACUCUGCAGGAAGUUGCCCUAUCAGUAAUGAAAUCGUCACGAAAUGGACAUAACAUCCCCCAGUUGGUGCAAGAUGAUGACAAACCCAUUAAGUUCACAGACUGGAAGACGUAUUUAAAACAAUAUUUUAAGCCUUUAAAGAACCUUAGGAGUUAUCAUCAUUUCAUAGUAGAUUCUACUAAACCAGGGACAGUUUUGUGCAAGGAACUUUGUGACUCGCCCACUGUAUCCAUUAAUCUACUGAAAUGCGAAGACAUCCUGCCCUCUGUGAAUGAUGUGCCAGUUGAAAAAGUGUCAGUAGGACUUGACCCAUCACGUCAGUGGUAUUUGUUUGAUAACAUUAGAGAAUUCUGUAAGUCAGAAUGCUCAAAGAACAGUACAUGUCUGAAACCAGUUGUACCAAAGUCAGAAGUCAAUGUUGAUGAAACUAAUGAGAUACCAAAUCAUCCUAGUAAGCGAAAAGGUCUACUGUUGAGAUAAACCCUUACUAUGACUAUCAAACUACUGAAAUGUGCGUCAUUGUGCAAGUUUAAUCUA